GUGCUCCCUGAAACCGCUUCCCCGAGGAGGCUGGAUGUGCAGUUGUGUCGAGGAUGAAGUGGAUCUAUAGCAUCUCGACGCCAAACUGCAUCGGUCGCAUCUUCUCCUUCGCCGCGGCCCUUUGCGCGCUGCGGACAUCAACUACAGAGUGUUCAGCCGUAUACCGAGCGCCCCUGAAGAGCAAAGCAACGUUUAUCGGUCCCCCUCUUCUUCUCCGCGCAAGAAGAACGACAUCCAUACAUCGUCGCUGCAGCGACGGUGCCAUGGGAGACCUGCCAGACAACGAUGCUUCGAGCCUCGGCCUUGGCUCGUCAGCAAGAGGCGGCAAUCCCACAGCCGAGGGCGAUGAGGUCCUGAAGGCGCACAUCGAGUCCUUCCUGAAGCGACAAAACAUGACAGCUGUGCUGCGCUUCGACAUCGAGGGUGCUGACCAUCUGCGUGAUGCGCUCCAUGUGCUGGAGAGCAGUGGCGACUGGUGCAGACACUCGAGGGCCAUCCUCUGCAUCCUCAAGCAACGUGAGUAUGUUCCCUCCCUGCCGCUGACCAUCACACACGAUGACGUCAAGAGAGUCGCGGCGUUCCAAGACUGCCCAGUGCCGGUGAAGCAGUUCUCGCUCUUCAGCCACCUGCUCAAUGGUGAUCACAACAUGACGCUCGAUCGAAGAGAUGACGGCGCCGUGACAAUGGGCGGCCAAUGGUUGAAUAUCUACACGAGGGACACGCUCCCUGCCGUUAAGGACUACUUCAAACAAGAGCAUCCUUUUCUGAAGUCGUCCGAUCCCGAGAACCCGCCUUGCAGCUGUAAGAAACCGUUCUGAAGAGAGAAGGGUCAUUAUUGCAUGGUAUGUGCGGCUGAUGAACAUGUUCAGAUAUGUAUCGUAACUUCGGAAGACGUGAUUAUGCGGGUUUUCACGACGCCGUGCUUCUCCAGUAAGGACAGUGCAGAGAAGGUGUUUGUGUUUGUGAUUAUUUUGUUUGUACUCUCCUGAUUUUGUUGGUCAGCAUGGGGUCGGGUUUUGGCGACAAAGAGUGCCAUAAUGUUCUGGGGACUGGCAGCAAAAUCCCCAAGAAAGAGGAGACUGUCAGCUUUCGAGACCAGCGAAUCGCGGAGCUGGUGGCGCAGGUGAGUGAAGCGCAGGCUAUGAUGUCGUGGUCAUGACAUGUGCCAUCAACUAGUUUGUCCCUCUGCCUUUGUCAGAUGCCGCCCCCUUGGCACCGCAUCACCAUGACGUGUCUGUGUGGAGAGAGAGAGGAUACCGAGGUUAAGCAGUUACGUCGCCUGUACUUGUGCGGAGACGAUCCGAACGACAGUUUCCUCACGUAUCUGCAAUGUGCCACCAGAGGUGUCUUCCAAGAUGCCAAGAUGAUGUAUCUGAACACGUUUGAGACGCCUCUCCCUCCUCCUGGGGGGUGGGAAUUGUGGCCGGAUUGGAAGCCGUCAAGGUUCCCGGCUACGGUGGAGGUGGCACGGCGGGAGAUGGGCAGUGAUUUCGACCUCAUCUUUGGCGAGAAAAUGAGACGGGCUGAAGCCCGUGGUGAGUAAAGAGAUCAUGCGGGGCUGGAUGACCGCAGGGACGGAGAUAUGCGGUGGAUGGAUGCAUGUGACUGAAUGGGAUGAGGUUGUGACACUCUGUGCUCAUGUGUAGUAUAGAGUGACAACUGAGCUGGCUUAGGACGCUGCUCUGCUGUCAUGUGCUCUCUACUGUUCCGCUGAGAGAUCAGUCAUCUGCUGUUGUGCUACAUGAGAACAAGGCAGUUAGCUGACCUUUCAAUGGAGGGUUGUAGACUUAUGUGUAAAAGACAUGCAGACUCACGAUUGCGAAUUGAUGGACUAAAGAGUCUUCCAUGGAUAUAAAACGUUGG